AUGGUGUCCGCCGAGACCGACAAGGCUGACGAUGCUGGAGCCGUCGCCGCCUCCUCAGCACCCUACGAUCCUGUCGAGAUGCCCAUCCGCACGGCCAGCAACAAGAGCCUGCCUCCGCCGGGCUCCUCCCUCACGGGCAAGCAGGAGCAUUACCUGAAGCGCGAGCUCAUCUCAGAGCAGGUCAAGUGGGAGAUCAACGAGCUCAACUCGCCCACGGCCCUCCGACGCUUUGGCGCGCCCUUCAAGUCCGACCAUGGCGAGGUCGCGCCGCACGAGUCCGAGCUGCCGGUCCUGCGCUUCAUCUUCGUCCACCACAUCCGCGACUUUCCCUUCCUCGACAAGGCCCGCGAGAAGGAGUUCUGGCAGGAUAAGCUGCAGGUCUUCCUCGAGUCCUUUGCCGGCAAGCACAUCUCCUCCUCCGAGGACCGCCUCGAGGAGACGAAACGACGCAAGCUGGCCAUCAAGGCCCGGAAGCUGGUCGAGCUGAUGAUGGUCUCGGGCAUCGGCACAACCUCUGGGUUCGAGGAACGCAUCCGCUUCUCCGAGAUCGAGAUUGUGGACAGCAACGCCAUCGACUCGGGCGUCAUGCACAACAUGCCCGAGGGCAACUACAUCAACGGGUACGACGUCAACGUGGCCGGUGUCCGUGUCACCACCACCAAGGGCAAGAUCCGCACGCACAAGCAUGCCGAGUUCCUGCUGCGCAUCAAGAGAAAGGGCGAGCUGGAACACUUUGUCGCGAGGCGGUACGGCGACUUUGCCAAACUCCACCGGAGGCUACGGCUGGAGCUGCCGGGCAGACCCUUGCCCACGCUGCCCAAGAAGAACAAGUCGGAUUCUACGGCGAGUGGUCUACUGGGCUCCUGGGGCGGAGGCGGCGGCGAUGACCCCGACUCGGAUGGAGAGUCUCUAUCCUCGCAUGAAACGGGGCGAACAGGAAAGUCUGCGCGGGGCUCAUCUUCGCUGCUUUCGCCAAACAAUAGUGGUGGGUCUGCCGUGCUGUGGAUGAGUACGGAAGCUGACGAGAAAACAGGUCGUGGAAAUGGCUCGUCUGGGGCGUCUAUAAGGUCGGGAAUCUCGAGAAAGCUGGGCACACCGAGGACGUCCACCGAUGGCCGACUAGCACCUCCUGGGGCGCAACCUGAUGUCGUCCUUUGGCGCGAAAACCAGCGAGUGUCGCUGCGCGCCUUCAUCAGGUCGCUUUUGCACAACCCUCAGAUUGCCAACACCAAGGCGGUGCAGGAGUUUCUGUCAGGCGAUCCCACAACCCCGACCGACGAUGAUGUGGAAGACAUUAUGCGCAGGAGAGAGGUCGACGAGAACCGCAUGGAGGAGCAAAGGAAGUUUUACGAGAUUGCUCGGAAACGUGCGGCCGAUUUGGACGAGUACAUGGAGCAGUUCCGUCGCGAUAUUGUCGAGCGGAACGGACUCACCAAGCUAUUCGCCGAAAUCAAGGAGAAGGAGACAAUCCCCGACCUCAGCAUCCAGUACCGGAAGUUUGCCGAGUGGCUACGUAUCGAGAUCGCCGCCGUCAUCUACCACAUCUUCCUGGCGGAGGACAACUCGCCCGAGCUGUUCGCUCAGGCCAAGCGCAUCCACUCACUAAUCCCAUACACGGUCAUCAAGAAUGUCAUUCGGAUAGCAAACCCAGCGGCUGUCAUGUCGAGCGUCCUUGAUGUGUUCCUCGCUCAGCCGUUCGGCACGCGGUCUCUGCUGCAGCGCAUCUUCUCGCUCACAUUGAACGAUGGUAUCAAGAGCUUCCAAAAGUCCAUUGACACGCUCAGCGCCAAGAUUGGGGACGACGCCUUCACAAGCAAGCUGCAGAAGUACACGCGGGCAGAGGAUCACAUCAAGGCUGCCAUUAGAGAGGAGGCCGAGUCGGAGGAAACAGACAUUAUCGUCGUCAUUCUGCGCUCAGAUCUCCUCGAGCCAGAGUUGACCGGCGAACAGAUCCAGCGGCUCUUCAACGCAUACGUGGCCUUCAACAACGCAGUCGAGAAUAUCGAUGAGGAGCUGCGCCAGGGCGCCCAGCUCUUCUCGUAUCUCAAGCAGCUCCUGAAGCUAUGCACGCGCCAGCGCGACAAAGAGAUGAUGCUGGAGCUCAUAGAGGAGCCGACCACGUUGCAGCUGUUCCGCGAUCUGUUUACCAUCUUCUAUGAGCCCCUCGUCCGUGUCUACAAGUCCGCCAAUGUCUACAACAGUGUCACGGACUUUGCCGUGUUCGUCGAUGAUAUCAUCAAGGUCGUGGACAAGUGUCGGAAUCAGGACGCCUCUGCCGAUCCUAACCAGACCGUCCAGGCUUUUAUCGAUUUGUGCGCGCGACACGAGCACAACUUUUACAAGUUUGUGCACGAGGUGCACGUCCACGACAACGGUCUCUUCACGCAGUUGAUGGGAUGGAUAGAAGGCAUCCUGGAAUUCCUGCGCAAGGGACCCGCGAACGGCAAGCUCAACAUUAACGCUCUCUUUGAGGGUGGCGUCGGUAGCGGCACCGUGGACAAGGACAGGGCCAUUGCCGAGAUUGACUCGCUCAUUGCCUGGCAAGAAGCCAGGAAGAGGUGGCACAAUGACAAGACCAGGCAGAAGAUGGCGGCCGAGGGCCACGCCGGUGGCAACAUGAUACCCGCCGGCUUCAAGUCGACAGACUUUGGCCUGGACGGCGAGGAUCUUGAGGACAUGAACUACGACGAUGGAUCAGAGGACGAACAGGAGGCAGAAGAGGAGGACGAGCUGGACCCGAUUGAGGCAGAACGGCGCCGACGAGCGAAGCGACAGGAUCGUCUUCGUCGUUCGGCCGGUGAGCCCGUCAAGCCGCCAGUGGCAGAGGUACACAAGCUCAAGGAUAACUUCCUGGUCAUGUUGCGCCAGGUGCUCGCCAACUACCGACUGGACUGGGAGUCGGGCAGGUGCAGCUCCAGUCCGUGGGAAGGAGCCCGGGCAGGCCAGGAAGGCGCAGGCGAGCCAGCCAGCGAGCGCUGCAGCAGGAGCCGGAUCGUUGAAAUCAUCGAUUGGCCACGCAAGUUGCUGGUAUUUCUUCAUCCGCAAUUCCACCACACCUCACCACCAGCACAGCACCAGCGCAACCCGGUCCAUGCAGAUUAUUGGCCACUGGCUCCUCGGUACGUCCCAAUCCCACGCGACAACCGCCGGCCAUCAGCCAGACAAGACAGACAGGACGAGAUCGCUGACCGAGGCAGUUUUCGAGGUUGGCUAGCAACCAGGCCCGAGCAUUUUCCACGACGCGACCGGUUUGUGAGUACACCUGCGACACCAGCAUGCUCAAGCCCUCGGACUGACUUGUCGACUCUAGCCCGCGUUAUCUCCAACGGUCCUCUGCGUGCAAAGGAGGCAUCACCCUUUGUGAGCAACAAGUAUCCCGUCAUCGACCACGAGUACGAUGCUCUCGUUGUCGGUGCCGGUGGUGCAGGUCUUCGCGCUGCCUUCGGUCUGGCCGAGGCUGGCUUCAACACAGCCUGUAUCUCCAAGCUCUUCCCCACACGAUCCCACACAGUCGCUGCCCAGGGUGGCAUCAACGCCGCGCUCGGCAACAUGCACGAGGACGACUGGAGGUGGCACAUGUACGACACCGUCAAGGGCUCCGACUGGCUUGGUGACCAGGACGCCAUUCACUACAUGACCCGCGAGGCCCCCCAGUCGAUCGUCGAGCUCGAGAACUACGGCUGCCCCUUCUCCCGCACGGAGGAUGGCAAAAUCUACCAGCGUGCCUUUGGUGGCCAGUCGCAAAAGUACGGCAAGGGUGGCCAGGCAUACCGCUGCUGCGCGGCCGCUGACCGAACCGGCCACGCGCUCCUCCACACGCUCUACGGACAGUCUCUGCGCCACAACACAAACUACUUCAUCGAGUACUUUGCUCUCGACCUGAUCAUGCAGGACGGCGAGUGCCGUGGUGUGCUCGCCUACAACCAGGAGGACGGUACCCUGCACCGCUUCCUCGCCAACCACACUGUCCUGGCCACCGGUGGUUACGGACGUGCCUACUUCUCGUGCACAUCCGCCCACACCUGCACUGGUGACGGUAUGGCCAUGGUCGCCCGUGCUGGUCUUCCCAACCAGGAUCUCGAGUUCGUCCAGUUCCACCCUACCGGCAUCUACGGCGCUGGCUGCCUGAUCACUGAGGGUUCUCGUGGUGAGGGUGGUUACCUGCUCAACUCGGAGGGUGAGCGCUUCAUGGAGCGUUACGCCCCCACCGCCAAGGAUCUCGCCUCUCGUGACGUCGUCUCCCGAUCGAUGACCAUGGAGAUCCGUGACGGCCGCGGUGUUGGCGCUGAGAAGGACCACAUCUACCUCCAGCUCAGCCACUUGCCUGCCGAGGUCCUCGCCGAGCGUCUGCCCGGUAUCUCUGAGACCGCUGGCAUCUUCGCCGGCGUCGAUGUCCGCAAGGAGCCCAUCCCUGUCCUGCCCACCGUCCACUACAACAUGGGUGGUAUCCCCACUCGCUACACUGGUGAGGUUCUCACUGUUGAUGAGCAGGGCAACGACAAGGUUGUUCCCGGUCUGUUCGCCUGCGGUGAAGCCGCUUGCGUGUCCGUCCACGGUGCUAACCGCCUGGGCGCCAACUCUCUGCUCGAUCUUGUCGUCUUUGGCCGUGCCGUUUCGCACACCAUCCGCGACAACUUCACCCCCGGCGAGAAGCUGAAGCCCACUGCCGCCGACGCCGGUGCCGAGCACAUUGAGGUCCUCGACAAGGUCCGCACCUCCGAGGGCCCCAAGUCGACCGCCGAAGUCCGCCUGGCCAUGCAGAAGGCCAUGCAGACCGAUGUCUCCGUCUUCCGUACCCAGGAGAGUUUGGACGAAGGUGUCCGUAAGAUGCAGGAGAUUGACUCACAGUUUGCCGACGUCGGUAUCAAGGACCGCAGCAUGAUCUGGAACUCGGAUCUUGUCGAGACCCUCGAGCUGCGUAACCUGCUCACCUGCGCUACCCAAACCGCCCAGGCCGCCGCCAACCGCAAGGAGUCUCGUGGUGCCCACGCCCGCGAGGACUUCCCCGAGCGUGACGACGAGGAAUGGAUGAAGCACACCCUGACCUUCCAGAAGCAGCCCCACGGCAAGGUCGACAUUGGCUACCGCAACGUCAUCGCCACCACCCUGGACGAGAACGAGUGCAAGCCCGUGCCUCCCUUCAAGCGUGUAUACUAA